AUGAAUUUAAACUCGUACUUGAUAAAGCAGGAAAUCAAUCGCUUUGAAUGUGUUCAUCCUUGUAUAUAUGCCGCUUAUGACGUAGUCGAUCAGCUCCGUGACACCGAGAAGGCUGAAAAAAUAAGGAGUCACUUAAUUGCUGUCGAAGAUGCAUUUGUGAACAGCCAAGAAUGGACUCUAUGUCGAUCAGUCGCCGAAGUUCGAUUGGCGUUCCUCGGCUCUCACAAUAGCGGGAAGUCCGCUUUGGUUCAUUAUUUCCUAACUGGCAUUUACAUCAAAGACCAAUCACCAGAAGGUGGACGAUUUAAGAAGCUUUGCUUCAACCAAACGCAACCAUGUCUUCUACUUAUCCGGGACGAGGCUGGGCCACCUGAUGUACAACUCGCCAGCUGGAUAGACGCGUUCGUCUUCGUAGUCAGCCUAGGCGAUCUGGACAGUGUUCUGCUGGCUAACAGCUAUUACACCAUAUUACGUGGCUUAGUUGACCUGUCCUCUAUCCCACUGAUUUUGGUUGCGACCCAAGAUUCUGUUAUCAAUGGAACACCAACUCCAGAGGUGGAGGCUGGUCUACGUCAGCUAAUCGCUACGAUGGAUUCUUGCCCGUACUACGAGACAUGCGCGGCCUACGGGCUGAAUGUCGAGGAAGUAUUCACUGACAUUAUGGCCAGAGUUCUUGCCGAAAGGACUGCAGUUUCGAAAGCCGCACCCAUCGGGAAUGUUGAUGCGGAAAAUUCAUCCAUCCAACCUUGUUCAACUUCCGCAUCGAUACCCCUUUCAACUCAGUCUACCACAAACUCUGCCGGAUCGAACCAGAUCGCAGUGCGCGUGCCUUUUCAGCCAACCACUCUCCGCGGUCCAGCGGAAACACAGACUCAUCUUGAGCCAAUGCGCGCUUCUGGUCCAUCAGCCCAUCCCGAAUCAGUCAACUCCGUUCCAUCCCAAAUUGUCUAUCUCUCCUCGCAGACAGUUUCACCUCCAGCUCUGGCACCUCCCAUUUCUCAUCCAAUUUCCCCGCCCCUCUCAUCAAUGGAUCCGACUUCUCUCCAUCCCCUCAUUAAUUCUCAUGUUCCUCCUGCCGGAGUACAGGUGAACAUGAAUCCUCCUGCUUUGCGUAUGCUUCAACCAUACCGAGAUCUACUACCCACAGUUCCCAGCGGCAGUAUCUUUCCGCCCAGUAAUUUGCACACGAGUUGGAUUUAUCAACCACCAGUGCCCCUCCCCACUGCAACUCCUGUUCUCAACCCUCCAACGAUGGCAUCCCUCAACCGUCCGUUUGCUUCCCUUGCUAUUUCAAAUGGAACCCAUGUGUCGUAUUCUGGUCGCCUUCAAGCUGGAAGUGUUCCUAUGUACCGCGAUCAAGAAUCCGGAGCAAAUACUCAGCUUUUCGGAGUGUCGGUUUCGGAACCUCAUCCGGGGCUUCCCUACAUGCCUUGGCAGUGUAGUGGCGUGAUGACGUCACUUCCGAUGUCCUACGUUGUCGAUUACCCAACUUUGCGGGACGGAUCGUUGCUUCCUUCGGGCAACUUGUUCCAAUCCUCGUUCUACGAUGUCAAUGGCGUUCAGCAUCCUCAAGCCACCCCGCUGCCGGACACGGCUCCACUUCAUUCGGUUAGACCACCAAUGUCGUCAGCAUCCGCUCAUUCGCUCGAGCCGUCUCUGGAACGCACACCGCCUUCGGUUUCUUCACCCAUUCCAAACGUUUCCGCCCCGAAUCGACGAGCAGCGUCAAAUCUAGUUCACCGUAUGGAUAUGGAAGCAGGAUCACUGAACAACAGUACCCCUCAACCAACCCAGCGUCUUUCUGAUGAACAGAACAAACGCGAUAGACCGCGUCCGCAAUCUACGGGAUCUUUGACAGGCCCCCUUUCUGGUCUCGCAUCAGCCACACUAUGCACCAUGGGAUUGCAUUCCGGUUCGAGUUCAACAAAACAACGAGACAACUUGGGUGCCGGGCGGUUGAUUCCGUUGAAACAGGGCUAUCUGUACAAGCACACAGUACAGCGUCUUAGUAAGGAAGUGAAGAGGAAAAAGAAAUACGUUGUAAUCACUGAAGAUGCCCGACUGGCGUACCAUCCAUCGAAGCAGGAUUAUAUCAAUCGGCAACAUUGCAAAUGGAUCGACCUCACGAUCAGCACCGUGAAACUACCCGGAUUAGCUUAUCGAAUGAGCAAUUAUGCCACGGGAGCUGUUGCGCCCUCGACCGAUUCUACUCAAUCCUCCCCAAUGAACCAAUGCGUUACGGAGAUGAACAGUUCAUUCAUCCUACCGUCCAACCCAAACACGUCAACAACUAGCAGUACACCAAAAGGACGAAACAGCCUAAGUUCUACGCCACGGACGGGAUUUAGUAGCCUAAUGGAAUCAACUACUUCGUUUUUUAAUAGUUCCAUCGAGCAAGCCGAUGCGCAUCAUACUACGACCGAUUCGCCUCACACACCUGAUGUUUCGCAGUCAAGCAGUGUCAAUAAGAACUCUCCGAACCCCUCUCAGACGCGUGCCCCUGCUGGUCGCACUCUUAAGGAAGCCAUGAAACGGCAUUAUAAGCGAGCCAAAGCAGCAGUUUCGGAUUCCCCGUCAGAUACGGAAAAUCAAGAAUUCAUUGUUGUCACGGCGGACAGCACACAGUGGCAUUUCGAAGCGCCCACUCAAGCUGAGCGCGACGAUUGGAUUCAACAUAUUGAUGCUGUCAUACACAGCCGACUACGAUCUUCCUCUUCGGGAGUCCGGGAUGACUCUGCCUGCGAAACGAAUAACACCAGCCCACUUGCUCUGGCCGGAACGAGGGCAAACGGGGAACAGCGCUUCACACCAAGGGUCGUGAACUACGGAAGACCGUUGUCUUUCACUACCGGCGCUGUUGGCUUUUUCAAAGACGGCGCUGGUGAAGAAGUCUGUGGUCAGGAAGAAGUAUUGAAACGUCUAACGGCCUUACCGGGGAAUGAUAGUUGUGCAGACUGUGGUGCAGCUCAUCCUGAAUGGGCAAGUUUGAAUUUGGUCGUUCUCAUUUGCAUUGAGUGUAGUGGAGUUCAUCGCGAAUUGGGUACCCACAUCUCUCGUGUGCGUUCGGCCACUUUGGAUACGUGGACUCGUGAACACUUAGCUGUCAUGACCUCAUUUGGUAACACUUUGGCCAACUCAGUCUGGGAGGGAGCGGCCCCAUCGCAAGCGAAGCAGUUCCGGAAACCAGAAGCAUGUUCCCAACGUGACGUACGGGCAGCGUGGAUACAGAACAAAUAUGUUCGCCGCUUAUUCCUCCCUCCACUUCCUCUGGGGAGCAGUCCCACCCAGCAGGAUUUGGUCGAUGCUCUGUUGCGGAAAGACGCGAGAAACCUUCUGAUUUGUCUUGCCCUGUCAAACAGUUCCUCCACACGUACUGCGUCCACGGAACCAUCGCCCGUCAAUACGGCCUACAGUGCAUGGGACUCUCGAACCCCCUUACACUUGGCUGCUGCGCUGGGUGAUUUGGCCUCCUUGCAGCUUCUAUUAUGGCAUGGUGCUGAUGUAAAUUCUGCAGACCAGUUUGGUCUGACUGCUUGGACGCAUGCACAAAUUUGCAGACAAGAAGCUUGUGCUCGGCUUUUGCAAGUGCUUGGCUGUCGUUGUGUUCCCCCCGUAAACGCUCCUGCUGAUUGGCUUCAGCGCGUACAGAGACCUUCAGAAGUAGGCCGAAGCCUUUUACCCAAUCCGGCUACCGUAGCUUCUCCGAAUUCUCAAACCGAAUCCGACACGGACUCGCGUUCUUACACAUCCUCCGGCGAUGAAGAUUCAUCAACCACCGAGCGGCACUCGGGAACAGCUGCCAUCCAGACAUCAAAAUAAAAAUUAUGAACUGCUCUUAUCGCCACGGCCACGCUAAUCACAGAAUACCUGAAUAUUUGUUUUUCUUCAAUCACCUGUUAUCACUGCCCUUCACCUUACCGGUCUUUUUUUAAAUCACAUUCCGCGGUGUUGUCCGUCAGUGUUUUGCUUGCCAUGAACCCUUUUGCAGUAGCCACAACCAGGACACACCACAGAUUAUCGUCUUGUUAUUGCCGAUGCAUUUCAUCCCACUCACUUGCCCCAUCCUCAAUCUGUGAUGCUUUGCCAGGUUGUUUGUGCGAAAACACCCGUGUCUUGGUUUCAUUUCUGAUUGGACUCACACUCGUUCGGUUUAUUUCCUGGCCCUGUCCAGCUUGCAUUAUUUCUUGCUUCUGUUGUUCCCGCUCUCUUUCUAUCUCUCUAUUUAUGAUAGUACUCGUUCUUUCCUGAUCAUUUUGUCUCAUAUUCGUGAUCUUUGUGAAUAUUAACCCGUGAAUUCGAACUAGUUUAUUUCCUGGACAGAUGUUUGUUUACUUGUUUGGAGCUAGGACAAUGCAAUGGUCAGUUUAACUGGUUCACUCAUUGCCUUUUCUUAUCUCCACAAUUGACGAUAAGGGGACUUCUGGCGUACUUUUGCGAAAUUUCCUCUUGUUGUUCCAGACAGUCGCUCAGGUGCGCAUACAAAAUGCUACCCUACCG